AGGCAUGUUGGCUCUCAGAGUGUGAGCUACUCGCCACCAUGCCAGCGGUAUUUCCCAGAUCGGAUCCAGUGGUCAAGGCGAAGACUCCUUCCUGCCAUGACUGCUGGUGCAUUCUUGUCUUCGGGCUGGUGCUGGCAGGCAUGGUGUGCCUGACAUUGUGGGCAACCAUUAAGGAAGGAGCACAUAUCCAGCGCCUCAUUCAUCCGGUAGAUUAUGCUGGGCGAAUGUGUGGCAUCAGCCCGGGCGUGCAGGACAAGCCCUUCAUCUACGUGUGUGGCAAGGCCUCCGCCGGCUUCGAGGGAGACUAUCCCAGCCAGCUAGAUCUUCAUUCCAAGACCUGCGUGGCCGCGUGCCCCUCCUUGGGCGGAGACGUGGCAUGCAUCGGGCGGCCGUUGGUGACGCCGAAAGCCUUGGAUUGCCAAGAUAAUGGCUGCGUGGUGAAUGGCAUUCAGGUGCGGAAGACCGUGACCUGGCAAAUUUCACAGGCAGUGACCUACCAGAAGGCGUAUCCCACCGACGAAUUCCGCGGGAUGAUCUGUGCACCCAAGUGGGAGGCGCCGAACGACCUGCGAAGUCAGGUGCUCUUCGGGGACGCUUCGCCACUCAGUAGCGCUGGGGAGGCGUUUGGUAGCUUGGAAACCGCUUGGCCAGUGCUUCUGGCGGUCUUUGGGAUUGCCACCCUUCUCUCCAUCUUGGUCUUGCUGUGUAUGACCUGCUAUGCCGGUCCGGUGCUCUUCAUGGCCAUCCUUUUAGCUGACAUCAUGGUCUUUAUUCUCGGCAUUUUCUUUGCCAUCGGUCUCUUCUUCGACCCCUACAACACGGCUGGAUGGUAUCAGUCUUGGAACCCCAUCGACAGGACAGUCUACGGUGAGUGGGCACGGGUUUUGACCUUCUUCACCGGCUUGUUUUUCUUGGUGGUCGGCGUCCUGCUCACGCACACCUUGCUGCAUGCAUCUGAAAGGCUGGACGAGCCCAUUGGGAUGAUCCAUGCCUCGAUGGAGUUCAUUUUCGAUCCAGGACCCAGCCAUAGCUCGAUUCCGUUUCUGAUCCUGGUGCCAUUCGGGAACUCGCUUUUGACACUGGCUUUAUUGGCCGCCAGUAUCUACUGCUUGAUGUUGGUCCUCACUGCUGGCCCAGUAGAUGGCAAAGGCAUAGUGAUCGAUGGCGAGCACUACACAAGCCUCUACAAGGGUGUGCAGAAACCAUGGAAUGGCUUGGGAUGGGACAUUGCGAUGGUCGUCUUUGUGGCUGGCAUCAUUUGGAUCUUAGAGCUCAUGAUUGGUGUUGGACAGUAUGUCAUCAGCCACUGUGUUUGUGAGUGGUUCUUUCAGCCGAUCGAUGAGAUUGCGCCUUUGGAGAUGAAGAAGCAGAAAGAGGAACUCGCAAGCACCAACCCCGAGGUGAAGAGAACUUCAUUGGACAAGGUCCACAUUGUUGGUGGUGCAGCCGCUGGAGUUCAUAAAGAAGGCUACAUCGAACAUGAUCAAGAGACUGGUCAGAAGAAGAUGGUGGUCUAUCUUCGAGACAAAGGCCCCAAUGACAAGCCCAAUGUUCCAACGAUUAUUGAAAGCAAGAAGCAUCAAAUCGGCUGGGUUUGCACUGGGUUUUGCCAUGCUAUGACCUACAAGCUGGGAACCUUGCUAUACUUCAGCUGGUAUGUCUUCUUCACGCGACCCCUCCGCGUCACGGCAGAGGUCUUGCGCUUCAUGGCCACAGAUCCCACGAUCAAGUUGAAGCGGGAGCAGUUCGAUGAGGAGACCGACGAGCAGGGCUGGUGGAAAGUCAUCGCCAACGGGAGCUCUCUCUUUUGCACCUAUGUGACCCACGAGUAUGGCGGCUACAGCAAGGACGCCUACGUGGAUGUGAUUUUGCAAGACACCAAAUUCCGGCAAGCCUCGCAGGAUGCGGCCAAUCAAAUCUUGAGCGCUGGCGGUGUGAUCUCCUUCCUGCAUGGCAUGACACGAUUCUACGAGAUUGUGGCCACUUUGUUCAUCAUGCUCACCUCCACGAUCUUGGGCUUUGUGGUGAUGGAGAACCUUCCAGCCUUCUCAGAUACCAAUUCGGGCUGGUACAUCUCGGACACCACUGCCAUGGCCUUGGUCUGUUUGAUCAUCUCUGGAGUGGUUGCAAACAGUUGGAUGUCUCUCUUCAAUACCACCUCCGAUAGCUUGCUCUACGUGCUCAUGUGGGCACGGAAGAUGGCACCCAAUGACCCCGAGUUUCCGGCGGUCACUCGGGCACAGGCUCAGAAGCGCGGGACGCCCAAAGUUUGCCCCGACGCAUUGCUCGACCUGGUGGGGGCAGAGGCGGAAGUGGACCCAGUGAGGGAGAUGCAUGAGCACACCAAGCACCGAAGUCAGGCCACCCGCUUCGCACACUUGGGCAGCAGAUGGAAAGGCGCCGCGAUGGCCACCUUUGCGCCGGGCGUGACGACGAACCGCGAGGAGCGGGACCCGUUGCUGCGGAAGCCCAAGGGGUCCACCCGAAUGACUGCUCAGCGAUGAGCGGGAGAACCCGAGUCAUUCGGCAGUCGCCACGCGCACAACUGCCUGGGGAGCGGACAAGCGCAGUGUGCUUCGGGCGCGGCGCGGAAAAACGCGGAGCCUGAGCUGCUGAUUGAGCAAGAUGAUCAAGAUGAGUGAACAGAAAUGGAUACAGCAUGCACAAGAAGCUCAGAAAUGGAACGAUUGUUGGAG